AUGGCUGGAGUUGGACCGAUGACUCAGGACUGGGAGCCGGUGGUGAUCCGAAAGAAAGCCCCCAACGCCGCCGCCAAGCGCGACGAGAAAACCGUCAACGCCGCUCGCCGAUCCGGCGCCGAAAUCGAGUCCGUCAGAAAAUACAAUGCUGGAACCAACAAGGCGGCUUCAAGCGGCACAUCUCUCAACACAAAAACGCUUGAUGAUGACACUGAGAACCUUACUCAUGACCGUGUGCCUACUGAGCUAAAGAAAGCGAUUAUGCAAGCCCGAACAGAGAAGAAGCUGACACAGUCUCAACUUGCUCAGAUCAUCAAUGAGAAGCCACAAGUGGUUCAAGAAUACGAGUCUGGUAAAGCAAUCCCCAACCAGCAAAUCCUUUCUAAGCUGGAGAGAGCACUUGGCGCUAAACUUCGUGGCAAGAAGUGA